UUGACGAACGCCCGCUCUCGACCGCAGUGCUCUUUCCAUGGUACACCACUCAUCAUUGCUUGCGUUUUGCUGCUAAGCGUUCAGCAUUGUCCUUGACUGUACUGGAUCCGGCUAUUGUAGGUAUCCGAAACAAUAUACGAACCGGUGUGGAUCCCUACUAGACGUUCGGAAGACCAGAAGGUAGACCAAUGCAUUGGGUUGCAAUGCUAUAGAUAAGAACAUACACAAGACAUAAACAAGAAUCUGCAUCAUGGAGCGCACUACUACAUCAACAAGUCAAUUCGCCAACGACCCCUACACCUGGGAUGGUCUCACAGGAUGGAAGAGUUACCGGACCCUAAGGCCCUUCCGUGGCAUGUACCACGACGUUCGACGACGACUGCCAUACUACUGGAGCGAUAUCACGGACGGCUUCAACUAUAGAACCAUGGCAGGAACAGUGCGCAUAUUCUUCGUCAACCUGCUUCCCGCGAUUGCCUUCACAUUGGACAUGCAGCGAAGGACUGAUUACUUCUUCGGCAUUAAUGAAGGUCUCUUCGCAUCAGCGUUGGCGGCAUUCGUGUUCAGUCUGUUCUCCGCCCAGCCUUUGACUGUGGUCGGCGUAACAGGUCUGAUCUCCCUGUUCAAUUACACCACUUAUGAUAUCUGCGAAUCGCAAGGAAUUGUCGAACUUUACCCACAGUUCAUCGCCUGGGUGUCGAUUUGGGCCGCAAUUACGCACUGGAUGUCUGCUAUCUUCAACUGGUGCGACUACAUGCGCUAUAUCACUGACUUCAGUACCAAUUCUUUUGGCAUGUAUGUGUCAAUCAUCUAUAUGAUCAAGGGUGUCGAGGAACUUGUGUCCAACUUCGACGGCAACAGCCCAGAGGCGGGCUACCUCGGAAUUAUCAUUGCUUUAUGCUUCUGGGCUACUGUGUGGUGGCUCGAAGGCAUGGGUAACACAAUUUUGUACCGAUCUUACUGGCGAAAACUGUUGUCCGACUAUGCCUAUCCAAUUGCCACUAUCUUUUGGACUGGGUUCUCGCACAUUCCGGGCCGAAUCAAAGACGCCAAUCUCCCUAGAGUUCCUCACACAAGAGCCUUCUACCCAAGUCAGGACCGCUCUUGGCUCAUUGACUUCUGGAACCUGGAGGCGCGAUAUGUCUUUGCAGCAAUGCCAAUUGGAAUCCUCCUCACCCUUCUCUUCUACUAUGAUCAUAAUGUCAGCUCCUUGACUGCACAGGCCAGGCAGUAUCCGCUCAAGAAGCCCGCCGGCUUCCACUGGGAUUUCUUCUUGCUCGGGAUCACAUGCUUCAUCGGUGGUAUUAUAGGCAUCCCUUUGCCCAAUGGUCUCAUUCCUCAAGCACCUGUACACACCGACUCUCUCACGGAGUACCAAGAUGUCCUCACGGUCACCAAAGAGAAGCAAGAGGACGAUCCAGAUUCCGAAUGGGUUUCUCGCUAUCAUAAGAAGAUCGAACCUGUGGUGGUGAGGGAGCAGCGCGUCUCGCAUAUCCUCAUGACUCUCGGUCUAGUCGGCGUCAUGACCGGCCCGCUCCUGGUCGUAUUACAUACCAUGCCUCUUGGUCUCUUCGGUGGUGUCUUCUUCGUCGUUGGCUUUAGCGGCAUUCCAGGAUUCAACAUCACUCAAAACGUCCUCUACUGCAUGAAUGAGAAGCGGUUCACGGACCCCAACGAUCCACGCAACACCCUGACUAAGCGACGCAUCAUGUACUACACAUCUUUCCAGAUCAUCGGGGUGGCAAUCAGCAUCGCUAUCUCCCAGACCAUUGCGGCCAUCGGCUUCCCUAUUAUCAUCACAGCACUGAUUCCAAUCCGAUGGUGCAUCUUGCCGAGAAUCUUCACAGAACAUGAACUCAUGGUUCUGGACUCACCUACUGCCGAUGCGGAUGUCGUAUUGUGCUCCAUGGGUGGUCAACCAGAACGCCCUGAAGUGAGAAUGGCAAAAGAAAAGCGUCGUCAUCGCGGCAGCGACGAAGAGGGCGUGGGCAGCGGUUUCUCUACCGCGGAUGCUACACCUGGAAUGCGAUCACGAGAUAAGUUUGGCAAAGACGACGAAGAGUUAGAGGAGGAAGAAAGGGAGAAGAGAAGGGAGGCAGAGGGCAUUCAUCCAACGCCUCAUACUGGUCAUAAUUAAGCGCAGCACGAUGUGGAUACUGUAAAGAACCAAGAAUGUCUGAUGCUUUUUCGCAACACCUGCAGCAUCCAAAUUUGCAUUCGUC